GCUCCUAUUGGACAAACACGCGGAAGUGACGGACUCACUUCUUGCUAACAACAGCUAGCAGCCUGUGUUUCUCCGGUGUUUCUCCGGUGAACUCUCCGGUGACGGCUCCACGUCAUGGCUCUACCGGCUCAGCUCCGGGCCAUCCAGCACCACCUCCGCACCGCGCAGGAGCACGAGGACCGGGACCCGGUGGUGGCGUAUUACUGUCGACUCUAUGCUAUGCAGUCGGGCAUGAAGCUGGACAGUAAAACACCAGAGUGCCGAAAGUUCCUGAUCAAACUCAUGGACCAGCUGGAGUCGAUGAAGAAGGAGAUGAGUGACCAUGACUCCAUCACUCAGGAGGUUGUUGGCAACGCCCACAUCGAAAACUACGCCUUAAAGAUGUUCAUCUAUGCCGACAACGAGGACCGGGGGGGUCGAUUCCACAAGAACAUGAUCAAGUCUUUCUACACAUCCAGUCUGCUGCUGGACGUCCUGUCUGUGUUCGGGGAGAUGUCAGAGGAGAACAUCCAGCACAGGAAGUACGCCCGCUGGAAGGCUACCUACAUCCACAACUGUCUGAAGAGUGGGGAGACGCCUCUGUCAGGGCCCAUCGCCAUGGAGGGGGACGGGGAAGCAGACGAGUUUGGAGCUGCAGGUUUCUCCGGCCCCUCCCAGGGCGGAUCCUUCAGGGGAGCUCCUCCUUCUCAGUCCUAUGACGACCAGGACCAGAGUUUGGAUCAAGGUCCGGCCCCUGGGAUCGGAUUUACUCCGGGUCCAGGACAGGGACCAUCGGCACCAUCGGGUCCUCCCAACAUCAACUACAACAACAUCCACAUCCCACCAGGGGCCCACGCACCGGCCAACACUCCAGCCGAGCUGCCUCCGCCUGCAGAAGGAGUGAAACCAGUGCCUUUGCCUCGCUCGGUGCCCGUUGUCGACCCCACACUGCUCAACGCCCAACAGCAGGGCGGUGUCCAGCUCACCCCCGAGGACUUCACCAAGGCCCAGAAGCUCUGUAAGUACGCAGGCAGCGCCCUGCAGUACGAGGACGUGGGCACGGCGAUCCAGAACCUCCAGAAAGCUCUGAAACUUCUCAUGACCGGCAAAGAAUGAAGCCUUUGUCCUUCUCCAAUCUGAUCCCUCCAUCAUCCAGCCUCCUCCAUCCCCCUCUUUUCUCUAGAGCAGCGCCGCUGAUGUGGCCCACAGCGACACACACACACACACACACACACACACACACACACACACACACACACACACACACACACACACACACACACACACACACACACAAUGAGGCUGUCCUGUUCAGUUUGCUGUCAGAGGAGGACAUGAUGGAAAUCAGUCUGCAACAAUGGCUGCCUGUGUCUGACGCUGCGUCGCACUGACUGACUCGCUCUCUGACUCACUGACUCACUGACUCUGACUCCUUGAUUGAAGCCUGCAGUGACUCUCUGACUCACUGACUUUCUUACCCACUAACUCUCUGACUCUCUGACUUUCUUACCCUCUGACUCACUGACUCUCUUACCCUCU